GAUCUCGGGUAGAUAAAAGGCUGUUUGUUGCUUUAUGUUAAUCCUUCGCUUAACUGUAGACAGGUAUUCAGCUCUUUAAUCGGCUUCGACUGUCCAUUUCUCUGCAUCAAUAUGGUCAACGUGCACAAAGGUGUCCUUGUUGAAUGUGAUCCUGCCAUGAAACAAUUUCUCCUGUACCUGGAUGAAACGAUGGCCUUGGGAAAGAAAUUCAUCCUCAAGGAUCUUGACGACACGCACGUGUUCAUUCUUGCAGAGGUGGUUCAAACACUCCAGGAGAGAGUCGGAGAGUUGAUGGACCAGAAUUCAUUCCCCAUCACACAGAAAUAAACGCAAACUGUCAGAAGAAGUGUUACUUUUUGGCCAUGGACUGCUCAUGAUCUCUGGAUAAA